AUGCCGCCAUGGCCGUCGAGUCGGGACGCCGCAGCGUUGUCCGCGCACGCCUACGGGAUCGGGUUCGACAGCAAAGAACUUCUGGAACAAGCGACUCGAAGGUUAAGCCUCGACAGGAGAUCUGCUCCGACUGACACAGACAUCAACGACCUGAUUCCCCGACCUGGGAUAUCCCUCCCCUUGUCCUUGACGGUGAGCGUUUCUGGGGAAGCCGUGCCACACCCCCAGUCCGGCCCCCAUCUAUUUCGGAAAUACGCUGAGGCUCGGAGAGCUACCAUGUAA